AUGAGCACGACGGCACGGGUCAAGGAAAAGCUGGCCGCGGCCGGUGAAACAGGAGUCUUUGACCUUUCAGAUGCCAAGCUUCACGCCUUUCCGAAUCUAAGCAACCUUGAUCUUGAUGAACUUAUCCACUAUGAAGUCUUGGAAAUCAAUUUGAGCAACAACAAACUGGUUCGCUUGCCGGACCUGUCCGACUUUGAAGAGUUGGAGGCUCUGGACUGUUCCCGCAAUGCUCUCACUGAUAUCGAGAAAGUAGCGCGCAUCACCUCCAUCCUCACUCGCAUCAACUUCAGCCCCCCACCAGCCUCUAGUACAGGUGAUGCUCAAGAGGCUGAACAGGCUCUCGAAAUGCUUGAGAAUGGCGCCAAAGCGGCCGAGUUUCGCGCAGCCGAAUUGCGCGCUGUCCAAGAGCAGGAACGAGCGGAACAAUUGCGACAGCAGGUCGAGGCCGAGCGACGCGAGCUCGAGGCGCGACGCCUUGCUCAGAGCGAACUGGCUCAGGCACAACAAGCCGACAUUGCUGAGCAAAUGCGACGCUUUGAGGAACAGCGAAAAGAACUUCAAGCUGAGCGUGCGCGUCAGCAAAAGGAGGCAGCUGCACAGGCCGAAGCCAUCGAGCAGCAGCGACGGCAGCUUGAGCGAGAGCAAGAACGCCUGCGCCAAGUGGAAGCAGAGACGGCACGCCGACGCACAGAAGCCGAGAAGGCGCAGCAGGCGGCCUCUACCGCCCGACAACAGGCCGAAGCAGAGGCUGAGCGCCAACGUCAAGUGGCCCACCGUGAGGCACAGGAGCAAGCAGCCCGAGCUCAAGCCGCCCAAGAAGCCCAGGCGCAGCGUGAACGAGCCGAGCGUGAACGAGCCGAGCGUGAACGAGCCGAGCGUGAACGAGCUGAGCGUGAACGAGCUGAGCGUGAACGAGCUGAGCGUGAACGAGCCGAGCGUGAACGGGCUGAGCAGCUUGCGCAACAAAAGGCGGCCCGGGAGCAAGCAGUUCAAGAACAACAACAACAACAACAACAGACCGAUCGUGCGCGCCGUGCACUCGCAGAGCAGAGCACAGGCGCGUCUCGAGACAAAUCCCGUCAGCGUGGCACGCCAAGCAAUAUUCGAGUCGAGAAUACCACGAGCCGCACGUUGCCUGUACCCCGUACUGGCACAGGCGGGACAGCUCGUACCGCAGCAGGAGGAACAACAGCUGAUGCGCGAUCCAACCAAGCACGUUACACUCCCAGUAUAACAGCAUAUCCAAGCCUUGUGCAGGGUGCAACAGGUAGCAAGGAGCUGCCGGUUCCGCGUCGUAAAAAUAGCAGUCAGCCGUCGGUCGCGGCGGCGUCUGCUAUCGGUAAUGCCACAGCACCAACCUCGACACGACCCGUACAGGAAAUGGCCGCCUCGCCUGCUCGAAGUGGCGUACAACCGCUGUCACGUAAUAUUGCUGCUACUCCCAAGUCUGCGCCUACGACCACGCCGCAGCGCAAAGAGCCCUUUACACCUAGUGGUCCUUCAUAUACGACUGUAUCGAGUCGUGAGCUGGACAUGCUGCGAGCUCGACGCCGAGCACGACUUGUCAAGUUGCAUGAGCAAGACAUGAAGGAAAUGCGCAACAGUCCCGAGGCCCUCAACACGGUGGCCUUUGAUUUGAUGGAGGUCAUGCACGAGGAGGAUAACACAAUUCAAGUUGGUGGCCAGGGCAUCAAAAGCUUUUUGCUACGAAAUCGUGUGGAGCGAGCUGGCAAAAACACUUUGCGGCGACUGGCGCGAUUAGCCCUCCAAGAGGCUCUCUUGUACCAUUUUGCGGUCGAGCUCAUUAACCUGAAACGGCCGGAUAGCGUCCCAAAGGUGUACAUGAAUGAGAACGAUGCUCUCAGUGGGGCGAAUCUGAAGCUACGCAAGAAUGUUGACGGCUUCCUCGAGGCCUGCCGGCGUCUUCAGCUGAACACGGUGUCUGACGUGAGCUCUUUGGAUAUCCUGCAGGAGAAAAACACGGACCGCGUCAUCUCGCUCGGAGCCAAGAUGGCGACGCACCCGGUGCGCAAUCUGCGGGCGGAGCUCGAUGGAGGUGGCUUGCACGCGCACGCAAGCACUGACACACGUGGCGGGAUGCCGCGAGCUCGCGUCUCACUCACUUUGGGGCGGCACAUGUUUGUAGAUGAUGAUCUUGAGCGGCUGCAAGCAGAGUUUCAGCAGCAGCAAGUUCAACCGGCUGCUGCUGUGCUGCGGGCACCGCCUCAGGUCGGUGGCGCGCUGACAGCACGUCAACACGCGCCGCCGCAAGCCUCAGCCCAGACGGCGCCGCGCCAGCUGCACAAGAACAAGCAACAUGUCAAAGAGACUCAACCUGAGGCAACCUCCAGUCUACAGGACCACCAUUCUGAAGCACCCAUUCACGCCAUGCCGCUGGGAGGAUCCAUUCUGACCGAUGUCAUGGAGCGCCAGUCACUUCGCCAGCCUUCUGGCCCCCGACCAGCUGACAGUAGCUCACCGCAGGCCGCUCUUCAACUCAAGCCCGGCUUUGGAAAAGACGGCACCACUCCCAAAGGUCGAAAAAGCCUUUUUGCUCGUGCCUUUGAUGGAAGCCACCCACAAUGGCAACCGCGUACGCAUGCGCCUGCACCACGCACUGGCGUGCGCUUCGAGUCUCAGCCCACAUCGAAAAGCGAUCGCCCAGACUUACCUGUCGCCAGCAUGGCGUCAAAGGAUCCGGCCCAAAUGUCCGCAGCUGAACGUGAAGAGGCCAUGCAGGAAGUGCAACGCCUUUUGACCCCAGAAAACAUUGCUUUCCUAAAACAGCGGGCACAGCAGCGAGCGUCCAAGUCCGACUCUGCAAAGCCUGCGGUCUCGAGCCUACACACGCAAGCAAGGCCCGUCAGGCCUCCACUCAAAGAUUCGUCAACCAAAAAAAUGCACCAAGUGCCCCCGUCCCCUGACCCUAGCAGCAUGAGUGCACACCAGCUCGAACGUGUCUUUGCCGGCGAGGAGACCGUUCCCCCUACAACGGCUUUGGAGGCAGACAAAAUGGCUUGGCUCCAGGGCGAUUUACCAGCUGCUGAUGCGGCAGUCAGCGACGCUUCCAUCACGAUGCGCCAGCGCCAGGCAGUUCGCGUUCUCAGGCGGCUUUGCGCCGCUUCACGCCGCCAUGCCGAACACGUUGUCCAACUGGACGUCCUGCACCUGAUCAAAGGCUAUGCUGCCAUUCGCCCGAACAAAACAGCCGAGUCCAGCGAUAGUGACUACAUGUUUGCUACCGAAAGCCUUCUGCUCGUGGCUGACUUUGCACGGACCUUGCUGCACCACCCAGAGCUACAAGCUUGGGUCAAGAUGCCGACUGUAACGACAUUUAUUCAACAGUUUGUCGGUGAUUUUGCCGAACAUGGGCCGUCGGCCGUUUUUCAGCUUCAGCCCGUGGACGAAUUGCUAGCUCUAUGGACCCGGUUGCAAGUCACGACGACAUCAAUGGCGCAGAGUGAUGAUCUGCUUGACGUGAUUUUGCGCUUGGUAACCGUUGUCAGCUCAACAUCAGCGCCAAUGGUGCGCAAUGUGUUGAAUGAGACGCAACAACACAUUACCACGCCAGGGGCGAGAAAGGUGUUGCAGUUUUUGCACGAUAAACUUUUGGUUGCUGAUGAUAACAUGAACACUCGUCUGAUUGACUAUCAGUUGACUGCCACCUCGGAGUCCAGCCUGGUUUUGCCACUGGCCCCUGAGUGGUUUUUUGCCGCCUUGCGCUCCGUCCAGACAGCGCUUGAUGCUGUUCAAGAUUCUCUCUCUUCUAGUGCAGCGGAGGAGGUAGCGCUGGAUACAAGUGCCAUUUUGGAAUUCUAUGCACAUAUCUUUGAUGUGCAGAGCGCCCUGGUCAAGGGCAUUGGCAUUGAUCUUUGGUAUUCAGAGCUACUUCGUGCCUACACCUUGUGUGACCCUAUUCCAUCAUUUGGUUCCGUGCAAAAGCCGAUGAGUCGCCUAUUAAAUUUUGUUGCGCUACAUUGUCGAGAAGUUGGCGCAACAGUGGCAACGGCGACUGAACUCGACUUGCAGUACGUCCAACUAGCAAGCAGUGCACAUGAUCGAGUUUUAGAAGACAUCCUUUUCUCCGGAUCUUCAGACACGAUUCAUCAGCAAUUUUUGUUGCUGCCACUUGCCCACCCGUGGCCAAGUGACUUUCGCAAGUCCUUGUUGUGUCAUGACUCGAUUGCUCAAGUUUUACAGACCACGGGUUCAGAUUUGAUGCCUAUUUUGCACAACUUUCAGAUGCCCCUCGAAAAAGACCGCAGCAUCGUGGAUCUCAUGUUGCGUCAACUUUUCAAUGUCCAGCCUGCUCAAUCUCUUCUCUACUGGCUCUGCUUGCAUCAUGUGGCUGCCUUCUUGUUUCGUGACUUUGGGUUUGGUAUGGACGAUCUUACGGCCAGUCUAAACGACGAUCCACACGCACAAGACCAUCGCCACCACGCCCUCAAGCGUGUAGAAUCUCUAGAGCCAGCUGUUCGGCGCGACUUGCUUUGUUAUGCCCCAUCCACGCCGAUCAAAAGCUUGGACGAGGUUUGGUCGAAUGAAGAAAGUGUCGUGCCUGCAACGCGACGAGAACUCCUCGUCCAAGCUCUAGAAAUGGCAUCUUGACUGCUGAAGAUAAUCCAAUUCUCGUUGAGCAUGAGGAU